UAGCGACGGAGCGAUAUUGCGAGGAGGCGCUCGGUGUCGGGGGAAGCGGAGAGCGGGAGGGAGGGAGCGCGAUCGCUCUGAGGAGAGAAAUAAAAAAAGUUUCGUAUUAUCGACUUGGUGGCGUGUUUUAGACGGAAUCGGUUGAUUCGGGGCCGGAGAGGUUCUGUGGCUUGCUGCGAUUCUCACAACGAAAACUUUAAAAGCCUGCUGAUGAGUCAUUGACCUGCAAGAUUCAAUCAAGAUGAGCGUGAUCUCCUUCUGGUUAAAGGAUCAAAUGAAACACCUCUGUCAAUCUGUUGAACCGCACAGGAGAAUAUUUGGAAUUAAAUAAGCUGCAUCCAACCUCUGUCUUCCUAUUUUUAGUCUUACUGAUUAUGCUGCAAGAAAACAGUCGGCAUGUGGAUGACAAGGAAUUAUAAAAAAUUACGGCUGAUUCAGAUAUAUUGCAUAGCUGCUCCUUAAUUACAUUUCCGCUUAUUGAAAUUGGUUCUGUUUUAAGCUUGAACGAGCAGCUUCCAGCAAUCAAGGAAAUGACUGGGACCUUUUUGUUGCUCCUUGCGAGACUGCGUGUUAAUAGACUAUGACAAGCUAUAGACCUGUUCAAAAUGAAAAGGUGGAGGCUGGCGGAAUUGUUAUAGGUGGAGUGGAAGUUCUCUCAGGUGCAAGCACAUGUGAUUACUAUGCAUCUCCAUUCAGGGUCCAGAAUGGGAACAUUUGCAAUCAGGGAGAAAAUGUACCACGUGCAAGUUCUACCCCGGCCAUGCCGAAAAUGGGAGUCCGAGCUCGCAUUGCUGACUGGCCUCCAAAACGGGAUGUAACAAAAGAUUCUGCAGGAAGUCCUGCAAGGGACUUAGAUGGCGCCAUGGUAGACGUUGAAUUAAUCUCGACACGAGGCUUUCAUAAUGGGCCAUGUUAUCCAAGCUAUCAAAAUAAUCCCCAAGCCCCUUGGAUUCGAGGCCUCUCCCACAAACCUCAAGGAAAAGCAAAAGAAGUAGAGUUCCAGGAGGAGUGGCCAAGGUCUCCUGCCAAGAUGUUUGUUCCACUGAGAAUUCGAAGUAACAGUGAGGUUACUCUCAAUGAAUAUGAUGGGGAAGGAGUCCUAGAGCUUAAAGGGACCAAACACGGGAGUGGAAUGCUUCCCUUAAGAGAAUAUGGCAGCACUUCAUCCAUUGAUGUUCAUGGAAUGGCAACUGAAAGCUUUUUUGACAUGCUGAAGGAGUUUAAAAAUGAGAAGAUCGAUCAGCGGAGCUCUGUGCCAGAAAAUCUCAAGAAGCUACUCCGGGCUGACCCAAGCAGGGCCUCCAAUCUUAGCCUUGAGAGUAGCUCCAAGGCUGACGAUAGCCGAAGUGAAUCAUCUCAAAGAGAAGAACCAAAGGGUGUGCACAAAGAUCGGGAGAAAUCGCGCAAGAAGCAGUCACGCAAUGAAAGCGGCGAAUCUAUCCUGAAGAAACUUCGCAGCAGCAAAAGUGAGCAGGAGUCAGGGCGGUCAAGCUCGGACCAUGAAGAUGGUAGGUCCCAGGACAGCACGAAGCCAUGGGUUUGUCAGAAGAGCUUUGGGCAUUUUGAUGUGCAGAGCAUACUGUUUGACCUCAACGAAGUGGUGAGCAACAGAAACUAUGUGGCUCACCGGAGAAAUACCACAACCGGUGCUUCUGCUGCCUCAGCUGCCUCGCUAGCUGUAUCACGUUCUCUUGCUCUGGGAAACUUGGAUUCUAACUUUACCAGCACUGAGGAAGUGAAUGGCAAAGAGAAUCUGGAACCAGAUCUUGGCGACAGCAAUUGCAAUGAUCUGCUCCUAAACUGCCCUCAUUUCCGUAAUGAAACUGGUGGUACCAGCGAGCGGGAUAUCAGCCUGUCGAAGGCUAGCAUCAAUGCAGGACAGAGCGUUGACUGUGAAGGUGGUUUUCCAAAGAUGGUUUGGAAUCCAUACUGCACAAAUGCGAGUAUAUCUGUGCUUGAGGUGCCAAAGGAAUUGCAGCUGCAACAGGAAAGACUGAAGCACUUCAGCAUCGAGCAUGUGGACCGUGGAGCUAGAUAUUACCAAGACUAUUUCCAUGGGAAAGAGCACUGGAAUUACUUUGGAGUGGAUGAAAAGCUGGGCCCAGUGGCCGUAAGCAUCAAGCGGGAGAAACUGGAGGACAGCAAAGAGCAUGGACCUCAGUAUGUCUACCGAAUAAUCUUCAGGACAAGUGAGCUCAUUACACUAAGAGGAGCAAUCCUGGAGGAUGCAGUUCCAUCAACAUCGAAGCACGGUACAGUGCGAGGGCUUCCGCUGAAAGAGGUGCUGGAAACUGUAAUACCAGAGCUGAACAUCCAAUGUCUGCGGCUGGCCUUCAGCACGCCUAAAGUGACAGAACAGCUGCUUAAACUGGAUGAGCAAGGGCUCAGCAGAAAGCAUAAAGUCGGCAUUCUGUACUGUACAGCCGGCCAGGGCACUGAAGAGGAGAUGUACAACAAUGAGGAAGCAGGCCCUGCCUUUGAGGAAUUCCUGGAUCAACUUGGAGAAAAAGUACUCCUCAAGGGUUUUAAUAAAUAUGCAGCUCAACUGGAUACAAAAACUGGUUCGACUGGUACCCACUCCCUGUACACAACGUAUCUGGACUACGAGAUCAUGUUCCAUGUGUCCACCAUGCUUCCAUACACCCCUAACAAUCGGCAGCAGCUUCUCAGAAAGCGGCACAUUGGCAACGAUAUUGUCACCAUCAUUUUCCAGGAACCCGGGGCUUUGCCAUUCACACCAAAGAGUGUCCGUUCCCACUUCCAGCAUGUAUUUGUAAUUGUCAGGGUCAAUAAUCCAUGCACUGAGAAUGUGUGUUACAGCGUGGCAGUGACCAGGUCCAAGGACGUCCCAAUCUUCGGGCCACCCAUUCCAAACGGCUUCACCUUCAGCAAGUCUGAGGUUUUCAGAGACUUCCUGCUGGCCAAGGUUAUCAAUGGGGAGAACGCGGCGCAUAAGUCAGAGAAGUUUCACGCCAUGGCGACUCGCACCCGACAGGAAUAUCUGAAGGACUUGGCAGAAAACAGUGUCACCAACACACCUGUGGAAUCCACUGGAAAAUUUAAUCUGAUGUUGCUGAGCACGAAGAAGAAAGAGAAGACAAAAGCCCGGCUGGGAGCUGAACUUUACAGUGCCGGGGCCAUUACGUGGCGGGUUUAUGCACAGGAUUACAGCCAAGCAAUUGAAGUGGAGUGCAUUCUUGGAAUCUCCACCGAAUAUGUCGUGGUUAUUGAGCAGAGCACCAAGGACGUUGUGUUCAACUGCUUCAGUGACGAUGUAAUAGGUUGGACUCCUGAUGCAUCGACAAUCAAAAUUUUCCAUGGGAGAGGUGACUGUAUAUUCAUACGAGCACUGGAGGAAAGUGUGGAGGACAUCAAGGAAAUUGUCCAGAGGUUGAAGAUUGUGACGGAAGGGUGUGAGACUGUCGACAUGACUCUGCGGCGGAAUGGCCUCGGGCAACUUGGGUUUCAUGUCAAAUAUGAUGGCACGGUGGCAGAAGUGGAAGAAUAUGGAUUCGCUUGGCAAGCGGGACUGAGGCAGGGAAGUAGAUUGGUGGAAAUUUGCAAAGUGGCAAUCGUAACACUAACCCAUGAUCAGAUGAUUGAUCUCCUGAGGACGUCAGUGACCGUGAAGGUGGUCAUCAUUCCACCCCAUGAAGACGGAAGUCCACGCAGAGGUUGCUCUGAAUUGUAUGAAAUGCACACAAUGGACAGUAAAACUGAGAGUGAAAGUAUGCCUGCUGGAUUGAGACCACCGUACAGGACCAACCCCCUGCAGUGGAGUGGUCCCACAACCCACAAUGCAUUGCAGUCACAGCGAUGGCCAGGGAAUGUACACAAUCAGACAGCAAGCCGGAAUCAGACCUCCAGACAGCCGGGAGUCCCAGCUACAUACAGUGAAUCUCAAGCAAAGAACAGCAAGCGACCUUCCACUUACCCAGAAACUUUGUACAGUACAGCGUCAACUGCUGCAGUAGAAAGAGUUCCACCUUUUCGAAAUCCUUCUGGAAGCUUCUCCUCGCUGGGCUCUGGAACGUUCUGAACAUUUGCUUAUUUCCCCACCAGGUGUGGAGGAGCUCAGCGCCCACUUCCACUGUACGAGCACCACAGCAGGGAUGACGUGAUGUCAAGUGGCGAGUCUUCAUCCGGAGGGUUAACCAGCCAGGACAGCACAAUAGAACGAAAUAAGAAUGAGCCUUUGUGGCAUCUCCCAGCAGUGUCCAAAGUUUACUCAAACUCCGGAAACAAUAUCUUUAAGCGCCUCCCAAGGCAAGAGCUAGCAGGCAAGGAUUCCCCCAACAGGCAUGCCAAAGGAGAUGCCCACUACUCGAGCCAGUCGAGCAGUAACACGCUGUCCAGUAAUGCCUCCAGCAGCCACAGUGAUGAAAGAUGGUUUGACAACGUGGAGCAUAUGGAGGUUGACCUUGAGGCCUCGGUGAAAGGCGCAUCCAGUGACAGUGGCAUUGACACCACCCUUUAUGCACCUAGUCCCUUUGCCACGGGCACAUCAGCAACCAAGGCUGCAAGAACAGUCCCUUGGCGAGAUAAGCCGCAGAAACCAAUGCAGACCUCAGCCACUUACAGCGAGCUGCAGGAAUAUAGCAGCCGCAUGCUGGACUGUACACCACCUUACAUGGAGAAGAGGAGGGACUCGUCACCAGCAUUGAACACCAGCGGCCAAAGCAAAGGACACAGGGUGAAAAGCUACGGUCCUUCCAACAGCAUCAACGCGAGCUUUGGCAUGAAUAACAGCAAUGAGAGUGCGCAUCCCAGGCCAGGACAUCCCCCUCACACCCACAAGACCCCGCCUCUGGACGUGUCCAAGACACCAACGUCAUGCGCUCAGCUCUCUGCUUCUGCCCCCAAAUCUUUCUACUCCUAUCAGAGUGUGAAGAACAUGUGUCCGGCAGGGUGGAAAAAAACAUCCAGUACCCAGGCUCGAUCUUCUGGAUACACCGAGACAAAAACGACAGCCACUGUUGCCUCUACAAAUGUCUUUGGGCAGCCUCGAUUGCGGGCAUCUCUCCGAGACCUCCGAUCACCACGCAGAGCCCACAAAUCCACCCUCGAAGAGGAUUUGAAGAAGCUUAUUCUGCUGGACAGCCCUUUGCCGGAGCCAGAUCGGGAAAUGCUUCAUUCUUCACGGAAAAACCUGCAGAGAACGCUGUCCGAUGAAAGCAUCUGCAGUGGUCGAAGGGAACCCACUUUCUCCAACUCCCAGCUUGCAGCUAUUGAACAGGCACUUCCAAAUGAUGUGAUCUUCACCAGCACGUAUCCAUCCCAAACACUACCCAUUCGCAGGCUAACCCAGCCUCCAGCAUCUAGCUUUGAAAAGAAAAAUAACAUAUCUGCCUCCGAGUUGUCAUUGACUGACGUGCGAGACCGAGUACCUGUGCGCCGUAAUGAUCCAGGACUGAUGCCUCUGCCAGACCCAGAGUCAGAGCUAGAGUGGUCCAGCCUGGUCAGUGUUGCCAAAGCAUAUGAGGUCCAGAGAGCAGUUUCUCUCUUCUCAUUAAAUGAUGCCUCUGUUGGAUCAGAGGUUGGACCAGCCUACAACCCUACGCACGCACACAUUGCCCUCGAGCGACAGAACUCCCCCAGAGCACCACACAUUUUAAGCAAUGAGCCAGCAUUAGCACUGACAGGGAAGGUCUACCAGCUCGAGGUGCAACUGAAGCAGCUACAGGAUGAUCUGCUGAAGGAGAAAGAGGAUAAGUUUGUUCUGCAGGCCGAAGUAGCGAGCCUGAGGGUCAAUAACCAGCGUCUCCAGGAGGAGUCCUUGUCUGCCACAGAACAGCUGAGGAAAUUCGCUGAAAUGUUUUCCAGCACGAUGGAUAAGAAGUGAUACCAACCACGCUGUCCAUGACGAACCUGAACCUGUUAGAUUUUUCCUGUUAUCGUGUUACAGAGCAGCAACCCAUCCUGGAAGAUUCCACAGCCUGCAGAGCCAUCGCAGUCAUUUUAUCACCAGGCUAAGGUGGUAGUUUCUGGGCGUGCGUUGGAGGAGAGCAGUGUUAGGUUGCCCUUGUCUGCUUACAGUCAUCCAGCUCUCACUACUUGACCCUGCAAAGAUCACCUGCCUUGCAUCCAUUAAUAGUGCCAGCACCAACCCAGCCGGUGCAGUGUUUCAUUUAUCUCCAGUGGUUUCACCCCUCCCACGGACUGUCACAACACAGCACAAGAGCCUGUUAAUCUCUCUCCUUCCAGCACUCUGCUGCUCCCUAAAGGCAGUCAAGAUGAUGCAAGUUCAUGGGGAAAAAAGUCAGUUUUAUAUUUACAAAAAAUGCAGGAAUUAUUGUUGUGACCCUUUUUAACCAGUCUUAACUUUAGUAAGUUUGUGAAAGCACCCCCCCCCCCCCCCCAAAAGCCUCAUCUGUAUCCUGCUGCUCAACCUAAGGUUAUAGUCUAGGGAUAAACCUUUCUAUCGGUGUGUUCCUGAAAUCAGUGUUUCAAAGCUUAAUGUUCACCUUGUCCAAACCUUAGAACAUGGGGCAGUUUCAAUUCACGGCCUUGAUAUUCAAAAAUCAGCUUGUAAAGUUCAUGUGAUUUUUGUUUUUAAAUAAUUAUCUUGGGAAAAGAAUAGUGACUAGACCAAAUCCGAAUCCACAUGGAUUGGAAUAUUUCAGGUUUGAUGGUCGGGCUGGGUUUACUGUGCUGACUAGAGACUGACGGUCUCUCCCUGGAUGAAAGGAAGCUAAGUCAGGCAGGGUUCCCACUCCCUGUUGCUGCCCAAUGACCCCUCUACUCCCUCACUCCUCCACCACCACAACCCCCCCCCAGUGGGAAAACAUUGCUGGAAACACUUUGUGGUACAAACUCAAGUGAUGCCUUCUCUAGUGGGUAGUGGGAGAGCUCAACAUCCAGCAGCACACACAAGAAAUGGUCAAUGAGGCAAUGUUUUGGAUGCUGGAGAGACGGCCUUCAUCUGUACAGCCUACUCCUUGAUUCAGAGGCUUGAGGGAAGGAGAGAGAUUGGAUCAAUUAUGCAGGGAGCCAUUUAAACUCCAAUGCAGGUGGAUCAUUUAAGGCCACUGUCAGUUUAUCAUUAUACAAUCCAGUUGUGAUGUUGAGACCUUGUCCUCUGUACAGUCUGCUACACUGUUGACGUAUUUCAGUAAGCUAUUUAAUUUUAUUUGAAAAUGUUAAUCAAAAGGUUUUGUUUCCGAUAUAAAAGAUUGAAUAUUUCAGACUGAGACAGUCAGGUUACCUUGGUCUAAUGAUAAUAUAGGAAGUAAUUAAAAGCACUUUCUCACGCAGACUAAAUUAUUUUCUAGAAAAGUUCCAUUUAGGAUGGCUCAGGAAAUUUAAACUGAUAAAUGUAUAUGCUCUUUGUGUACACUAUAUUUGUAUAAAUUGUUUUAGAUUUUUGUUUUAAUUUGAAAUCUUAAAAAUUGCAAUUGGAGUUGUUGAGGUGAAUCAGUGACUACUGAAUAUUGUGGAAUGGUGAGGUUAUUGUGCUCGAAUUGUGAGGGUAUCAUGCAUUAGGGGAGUGAUGUUGCCAGAUUGAUGCAGACGUCUUGAAUUGGUGAAACUGUAAGUGUUUUGUUUAAUUCUCCCCUGUAUGUAAGGGGAACGGUCAUGAAAUAUGAUUUCCUGCUCAUUUGGGUUCCUUUUUCCGAUUUAAUUUUUGUUUUUGCUCAUUUGAGGGGCGGUAAAGCCAGCAGUUGCUGCACUUGGGAAGAUGCUGGUGAGCCACUACCCUGAACUGCUGCAGCCCUCGUGUUGGAGGUGCUCCCACGGUAUUGGAGAGGGACCCAGUGACAAUGGAGGAAUGGCAACGCGUUCCCAAGUGCAGAAGGGGACCUCGUGUCCCAACACCCUGCUGCCCUUGUAGUGGAGGAAGUAAAGGGGACCAGUCCUGCCGUUGGCAGGGCCAUGGGGCUUACAGUGCUCAGGGUGCUGGUUUCUGGGUCCGCAGGGCUGAACUCAAUGGGAGGAAGAUCACCAGGCAAAGAGCAGCAGCUGAACGAGGGGGAAGUUUUCAUGCACUCGGGUAUUACUGCAUUGCAAGGUGGGUGUGCUGAGCCACUGCAUGGACUGAACCUAAUCCCCACCUCACACACCACUCAUCCUCUGUUGCCACCAGCGGAGAUACCACUGACCCAAACAAAACAGGGCAACACAGUGGGUAGUACCGCUGCCUCAGCACCAGUGACCCAGGUCCAAUUCCGACCUCCGGAGCACUCUGUGUGGAGUUUGCACAUUCUCCCUGUGACUGCGUGGGUUUCCCCACGGGUGCUCCGGUUUCCUCCCACAUCCCAAAGGCGUGCGGGGUCAGUGGGUUAAUUGGCUGCUAUAAUUUACCCCCAGUGUGUAAGUGAGGGGUAAAAUCUGGAGGGAGUUGCUGGGAAUGUGGGGAGAAUAAAAUGGGAUUGGUGUGAAUGUGUGGUUGAUGGUUAGCAUGGACUAGGUGGGCCAAAGGGCCUAUUUCCGUGCUGUACCACGCUGUGUCUCUGACUAAAUCAGGGGACCCUGUAAAAUGAAGAAAGCUGUCCAGGCAGUGAAUGCUGGUUGAGGGCUCCACAAGCAGUGAGGCACUGGAACUUUCCGGAAAGCUGCAGUAGACAUCACUGUUUGCUCAACCCUGUACAUUGGAUCAGUGGUCAUUUCCCAGGUGGGUCCAGACCAGUGACAUCCUUGAAAACAAUGCAGUCUCUCGUUGGAGAUGGGCGCCUCUGCCAACUCUCAUCCUUACAAAUUCUGCUGGAGCAAUUCUCAAAAUCAUUUUAGGCUUAAAUAUUCAUACAGUUAGGUCUCAUUCACGUGGCCUUGCAAUAAUGCAGUAAGACUCAGUGUGUGUGAAUGCCUAGCAUUGCAUUUCUCGGUGUUCUAGCAGAGAGUUAACAUGCCUGUCCUGUGAAGAUGACUAAGGAAUUUGGGAUGCAUCUGUUUGCCAACAUUUGGUUCCUUUUCUAGCCAGGAUGCUUAAUGGCCACUUCCUCAUUGAAGCACACACGUUAGGGGCUGGGUACUCGUGGGUCUCCAAAGAAAUGUGGAGUGGCAGGUGACCAGGUCUUAGGGGAACUGUACAGUCAAAUCGGAGACCCAGGACAUUACAAUGAUCAGUUGAGCGUUGCAGCACUGAGAUUGAAAUCCAAGCUGAAACUCACAGACAGCUUGCUGUGUGUUAGACUAGGUUGUGGAAGGUUGAGUGGGGGAAGGGAAGGGGGUGUGGGGGGAGGUUUGGUGGUGAGAGAGAGAGAGAGAGAGAGAGAGAAUCAAUUUAGCAUCCAGUCACGCUGAGAGUGGUUGACACAAGCAGCGUGACUGAGGUUGGGGAUAAUUGAGCUCUGUGACAGAGCCCGAAUGUGUUGUAAUAUUAUGUUUAACCGCUGCCUUUUACCAGUAAGUUUAGUUUGUGUCUGAGAGAAUGUGUCUGUGUGAGAAUGUGCAUGCAUAUGUGUGUGUGAAUGCUCGCGUGUCUGUGUAUAGGUAUGUGCUGUGCGAGUAAGCAUGUGGAAACACAUGAUGGUGUAUGUGCAUGAGAGAGUGUGUACCCUGAAGUAAAGGUGGGGGCAGUGAACAUCCAUGUACUGCAAUUAAUCUUGUUUUACACUUUGAACCAAAAACGCUCAGUCCUCCCUUGACUGUUCCCUCAGCAAGAAUGCAGCCCCCUCUGUCUCUGCACGCUGACAGCAUGUUAGUUGAUGCACGUUUGAGGUUUCUUGCAUAAACUGGAUUACAAAAGAGACAGGUUUUUAUAGGACAUUUAUAUGGCAACAUAAAAUUUCAUGCUGUAUGGAAGAUGUUCCAAGUGUCACAGCCGCAACCAUCAAUGUCUUAAAAUUAAAGUUUACUUGGAAUUUCAGCGUCCUUUGUAAUAUUUGUGUACAAAAAGUGAGAAGUCUUAAAUUUUAUUUUGUGUGGUGCCCAUUUUCCAAUGUACAUUUCUGUCUGUAGGAUUGUUGAUGUGAUUUAUUGAUUUCGGGACAUGUUCUCUCAUUGAAUAGCGUGUAAUUUAUCUUUUUUCACAUUUUAUACAGACGUCAUGCUUUCCAAUGAGAUUUGUAUUUAAUUAUUCGGCCUUUCCACUGAUAAAUCAUCUUUUACUUUGUUCUUUUGGCAUGUAUCUGGUAAAUUGAAUAAAAACUUUCAUAAACUUGCAA